AUGAAUAAAACGAUGCCUGAGUGUGAAAUGUCGUUGUUUUUAUCAUCGGAAUCAGUCAUGGAUGUGAUUUAAUAAACGUCGAGCCCCAGUGCGUUCUUUACGUAUGGAUUGCUUCGACGCAUGUCAGAUGUUAUUAAACGAGGCGGAUCGUGCGUCAAACAUAAGCCACGCGGGCGAUUAGGGCCGCAGACAGAGUAGAUCUAAAUAAACUCAGUUUAAGAAUUACUUUACCAUUGCAAUAAUAAACUACCUGACUACCCGGUGGGCUGCACUUUAUAAAUUCAAUCGAGUAGUCUUGCUAUACAUUUUCAUUUGCUUAGUGGAGUGGUGAUUUGAUAGGACGAUUCGGAUACAGUUCAUUCGUUAAGGCAAUGUUUACUUCGUCUCUUAUCGCUUCGAGGAAGGCGCGUGCAGGUCUUUAGCAGAACAAAAAAUCAAGGAAGCAGACGAAGCAUAAUCAGACGUAUCAAAUCAAUCAAUGGAGCUGAUUAAAUAUACAAUCAUGUUUUAGUUAUGAAGAAAGUCAGUUUGACAUAAACUAUUGUGCUGCAAAGUUUACGAAAGUGUACUUCGUAUAAACGUUUACAGAAAAAAUAUGGAUAAAUAAAAUAUAGAAAAUAUGAGUGAGCGACGAAAUCGUAUUCAAUCUCGUUUAAACUGUGGUAAUAAAGUGACUUUAAAAUUGUUAUUAACGUUUUGUCGACUAAAUGUGAUUUUAAACGCAGUGUCGCUGCUCCCGCUUUGCGCCACGCAAUGCCCGACAAACUACCGAGUUCAGGCGGCGACACAAGAGUGCUUCCGGGAGUACAGCAUCCAGAAAGUGUACGUGGACAGGAGUGAACGUCGCCUCUUCUCGGGCAUUGACAUAGAAAUACUCAGAGCGUACUGCAGUGCAUAUUUGGAUGCCUACAGCUGUGUACGUCAGCUGAUGCAGUCCUGUCCGACCUCCCAUCAUAAGGACAUCAAGACCGCACUUGCAUCCUUUGCAGACGACCCCGAGUUGACAGAGCUGUGCAAAACACAUCGCCUUUAUGAACUGUACGCCCAGUAUAUGAUGUGUUUCUCUGAUCGAGGCAAGAAGUCGGACUGGUGUUUUGAUAAGGAGAUCAACAGCUCUGUGAUGCACGUUUACCAAGUGAAAGUACAGGAACUGUGCAACCGAAUGGUGUCCGUCACCCGGUGUAUAGAGAGCAACAUCCGGCUAGGCUGCGGUGAGCAGGCAGCGGAACUCGUGCAUCUUCUCGUUAAACCCACAGUGCCUGGAAGUGGCCAGUGCGUGUACCCGCUGAAUCCGGAGACGACAGGAACCUCUGAGCGCAACCAAAUUGAUCAACCAACCAAUAGACCUUCAGUGGGUCACAUGACGUCAUCAAUUAAAGCUUGCAGCACUACAACCUUACAUUCAAAUAUAGUUUUAUGUAUAUUGACGUUGUUUAUUUCAAUUCUUUUUCAAUUUUUCACAAACCUGCCAUCCUGACAUCGGAUUUAAGUUUCUUUUUUAAAACAAACUAUUUAUGAAUUUGAUAUUACACAUCCGCAUAUCAUGCAUUCGGUUAUCUCAAAGUGUCUUAUAUGUUUCAAGUUCUGUUGUGCUAUUCUGUAUGAACGGAUGUUGCAUCCAAGAUUGUCAUGUAAUAAAAGCUGUUCUUGUUUACCAAC